AUGGCCGCCCGUCAUAUCGAGCAACGCACGCCUGAUGAGCACACACCUCUCAUCGCCGGCCGUGAAAACAUCGAAGCUGGAGUUUCAACUUUCUCUGGGGAUGAGUAUCAUCAUCCAGAAAGCCAUCUCUCGACCAGAAAUGUCCAUCGUCUCUACAUAUCCCAUUUCUUGUCGACAUGGAACUCUCGCGUCUUCGAGUUCGGGGCUGUCCUGUACUUGGCUACAGUUUAUCCCAGGACGCUACUUCCGAUGUCCGUAUACGCACUUGCCCGUGGCCUGGUAGCGGUUGUCUUUGCAUCGGCUGUGGGCUACUACAUCGAUGUCGGGAACCGUCUACAGGUCUGUUUCAACGACUUGUUGUGGCAGCAUCUCCUGGCUUGUGUUGAGAAGCUAUCCUCUAUCUUGAACAUGGUAUCCGUUGAGAAAGAUUGGGUUGUUGUCGUUGCAGGGACCGAUCAUGCAGGCCUAAGAAGAUUGAAUGCCCAAAUGCGAGGGAUUGACCUAGUCUGCAAGCUACUCGGUCCGCUGUUCAUCGCUCUCAUUGAUGGCAUAUCAACGGAAACCGCCAUCAAUGUCAAUUUGGGGAUGAACGUCUGUUCGGUCGUUGUGGAGUACUACUCCAUCGCCAAGGUAGGUCUUCAAGUCCAACCAGUUGCCUCCAGAUUUGACUGGUCUUUGCUCACAGUCCAUUCCAGUUACUAUUUUCGGCAUCCAUACUUUCUCCCAUCCUUUUCUGGGGCCUUAUUGUACUUGACGGUCUUAUCAUUUGCAGGUCAGAUGGUCACUUGGCUUUUGUCGACAGGUUAUGACGCGGCACAAGUAGCCGUGGUAAGGACUUUGGCUGUCGGAUUCGAGGUAUUAGCUACAUGGGUUGCUCCCUGGCUCAUGGGGAAGAUAGGACCCACGCGUGCUGGCCUCUGGCUCGUGAGUUGGCAGGUUACAUGCUUGGCCAGUGGCCUCGCUAUCUUUUGGCACUUUGAUAGCCAGCCUUUUCUCUCGGCGUCUGGUCUCGUCGGUGGUGUGAUUCUCAGCAGACUUGGCUUGCGAGGUUUUGAUCUAUGUGCGCAGAUCUUGGUUCAAGAGGGCAUUGAAGCCGAGGCGCGGGGAUCCUUCUCAUCAACUGAAGCCGCGUGGCAGAACCUAUUUGAGAUCUGCUCCUUCGUUUCCACCGUUAUCUUCUCACGCCCAGAUCAGUUCAAAUGGCCAGUUUUAAUUAGCGUAAUUUCUGUCGCCCUUGCUGUUCUCCUUUACGCAAUGUUCGUGCGGAUUCAAAGAGGGCAUCUAGUGCAUUUUCCCAGUUGUUUUGGCCCCGAACGCCUGCACCGCUCCGGAGAACGAGCUCUCGAGAGGAUCUCUUCCUUCUCGGAUAUCUGA